AUGUUGGCCGGUCAGAAAUACGACAUCCACAAGCUGCUGCUAGAGGGUGUCCUCCGAAGUCAUGCUGCGCGCAUGUUUGUCAGGCUCGCUUUUUUGGAAGAGAAAGUGAAGCAAUUGAAGGUGUCAAGCAGUCAAUCCUCAGCCGCUCAAGAACAAAUCAACGCCGAGGUGGCCAAACUUCGAGUCACUCUGGAGAAGAGCAACAAACUGCUCGAGGCCGAACGGGCCAAGAGCGCUAGGCAGGCCAUGAUGCUAGAGCGGCUCAAUAAACAAGUCACCACUUUUGAUAAUAAAAUCAAGUUGGCCAACACGUGGAAGAAUCGGGUCAUCGCAGACCUCGAGGAGAAGAAUAAGGAGGCUCGACCCCUCACCCAAAAACUUAAGGAAGCUGAGGACUUCCUGGUCGCCGAGCGGCACAGCCGGUCGACCGAAGAAACAACCCUUCGCAACCAACUCACCUCUAAGGAUACUGCGCUGGCCACCGCCAAAGAUGAGUUAGAGGCCUCCCGAGCGGCCCUAACGACCUACCAAGAUGUCGAGCAGAGCCGUUUUGAGGCAAUGAACAAAAAUUACCUCCUCUCGGAUGUUUUCAACGAGAAGGUCGUCGAUUGGGCUCUGCGCCUAUUUGACCUGGCCAUCGAUGGGACGUUCGACCAGCUUCGCGAGUGA